AUGUGGCGUGCCAUACCUCUCGUGUUCGGCAAUAUUCACAUCAUGGGCUGCUCCUUCCACUGGGCCCAAUGCUUAUGGAGGAAGAUUCAGGAAAUCGGUCUUUCGCCAGCAUACAAGAACGAUAACGAUACCCACAAGUUGCUGAGACAGUUUAUGGCCCUGCCGUACCUGCCGCACGCACAUAUCCAGCCGAUGUUCGAAAAGCUCGUCAGGAAGGCCAACACGCCCGCUCUGCAAGAAUUCACGGAUUACGUUCGCCGCACGUGGAUCGCUAACGAACUGUGGAGCCCGCGCACCUGGUCUAUCUUCAUGGAACCCGUGAGGACGAACAAUGACGUCGAAGGAUGGCACGGAAUGCUAAAUCGUCAUGCCGCAAAGUCGAAUCUCGAAUUCUACAAGAUGACACGCCUUCUACAAGAGCAGGCCAGUCUCAUUGAGAUGCAAGUUCGUUUCAUCUCCGAUGCCAAACUGGAACGCCGCCAGCGAAAGGUCUACAGACAACAACAGGGGAAGAUCUUCACGCUUUGGGACGAGUUUAUACAGGAAAAGAAGACGGCAACUCAACUCCUACGAAAGUGCUCGCAUCUGGUUGCCAGCAAUACGGACAAUUAA